CUUUUGAGAGGAGUUAGUUCUAUCUGCAAAGACUCCAUUUUUGGGACCGUGGAAGGGAACUCUUACGAUGACUACAUACUAGCUUAGGAAGGGUAAACCAUAACAAGGACUACAGUCUAGCCAGCCCCUAGGUCUAUACUGAUUGUUGAAUUAUUCUUCAUUCUGUUAUUCCCUCUACUGCUGAUGGCGACGGCAAACCUACAUCCAUUUCAAGCUCAGCCGUACGAAGACCACCACCGGCCGGAGCUUGAAGCUGUUCAAACUGAUGACUACGAGAAUGGCUGCUGCUGCUGCGACGGCGGCGGCGGCGGCAGGGAUGAUGAUACUAUGGACGAGGAGACAGACGAAGGACGCCUGUCGUUGGUUAAUACAUCGGAGCAUCAUCAACAUCACCACGACGGGAAGCUCGGUGGACUUGUCGUUGCCUCCCGGACUAGUGAGCUUACUCUUGCUUUUGAAGGCGAGGUUUAUGUUUUUUCUGCUGUUACGCCAGAAAAGGUGCAAGCCAUACUCUUACUUUUGAGAGACAGAGAAGCACCAGCUGGUGCCCGUACUGUUGAUGCAUCUUAUAAUCCAUGCAAUAGGGGUGGGAACGACAUCCCAAAGCAUUCAACUCUUUCACGAAGAAUUGCUUCACUUGUUAGAUUUCGUGAGAAACGCAAAGAGAGGUGCUUUGACAAGAAAAUCAGAUACACUGUGCGCAAAGAAGCUGCUCAAAGAAUGAACCGCAAAAAUGGUCAAUUUGCAUCAACGAAAGAAAAUUCAGUGUCUUCUGGUUGGGAUUGUGCUAAAGGUUGUGAACAACCUGAUAACAGUAUUCGCCCAGAAACUGUUCUUAGAAGAUGCCAUCAUUGUGGCGUUAGCGAGAAUGCUACUCCUGCAAUGCGUCGAGGCCCAGAUGGACCAAGGACACUCUGCAAUGCUUGUGGACUUAUGUGGGCAAACAAGGGAACAUUAAGAGAUUUGAAUAAAGGAGGGAGAAACUUUUCUUUGGAUCAUAUUGAACCAGAAACACCAAUGGAUAUUAAACCUUUAAUAAUGGAUGAUGAAAAUUUCUCAGGAAACCAUGAUGACAUGGGAAAACCUGAUGAAACUUCAAAGGCUGCAAUCUCUGGGCUCAAGUCCUCAAACAUAGACGAGGAAUUCAAGUGUCUUUAUUCUAUGCAGGAUUUGAGUGGAAAUGGGGAAGGUAAUAGAAAUGGUUCUCGUGUGGGAAUUCUACAUUCUUCCUGUAACCUUGAUGAACAGGAAAAUCUUGUUGAACUUACAAAUGUAUCAGAAUCUGAGGUGGAUAUUCAUGUUGGGUUCGUUUAGCGGGUAUGAUGACUUAUUGUAAAGCCAAAGAAAAUGCUCUCUUUUUUCUUUUGACUGAGAAUUCGACAGAUUGGAGGCGCAUUACUGCUUUCAACUAACUGGUAGGACUUGGUGGUGGUUUCUUCUUCGUGUUAAUAUGAGUGGUUCUGUUGGGGCUUGUAUUGAGUAAAGUGCCAUUUUGUAUGUGUAAAUGUUUAGUUUUUGUAGGCUGAUUAUAUUGGAAUAUAUGAUUUAUAUAAAAUAAAAGUGAUUUAUUGUUCUGA